UUAAAGAAAGAAAUAGAGAAAGUCAUACGGUUGAAUGAAUCAUGUGGGGGGAUGAAAGCAAAAUGCCCAGAUUGCAGGCCGAGGGAGAUCCAUCUUCCUGGAAUUUUCCACGGACCUAGCUCAGAAGCCGAUGGCCGUCGAAGGUGACUCGCCAAAGUCAAACAAAAAGUCCCCUUCAAUCUCUCUCUGUGACCGAGGGACAUCCAUCUUCCUGGAAUUUUCCACGGAUCCAGCUGAGAAGCAGACGCCUCUCGAAAGUUCAAACAUAAAAAAGUCACCUUCAAUCUCUCUCUCUCUCUCUCUCUGUGGCCGAGGGAGAUCCAUCUUCCUGCAAUUUUCCACAGAUCCAGCUCAGAAGCAGAUGCGCGUCAAAGGUGACUCGCCAAAGUCAAACAAAAAAAAUCACCUUCUUCUUCCCCUCUAAAUACGCAGAACCGAGUACGCAUUCUCUGCGACUCUGUGCCCCCCGCCCCCGCCCCCGCCCCCGACCCCCCCACCUUCCUUCUCUGCACUGGAGUUGAGCUGAUUUUCGUGCUGCUUCCCGGGUGCGAAUCGUUCACACCAUCGCCGCUGCGGCCCCGCAGCAGGAAGCUGCCAUGGAAACGCAAGGUCCCCCCGAUAAGAAGUACGGCAACAGUCACUACAUUGAGGAGAAACUAGCGAAGCAGAAGGAAAUCGAUGACUGGCUUCCCAUCACCUCUUCGAGGAAUGCAAAAUGGUGGUACUCGGCCUUCCACAAUGUCACGGCCAUGGUUGGAGCCGGCGUCCUCAGCCUCCCCUAUGCCAUGUCCGAACUCGGAUGGGGUCCUGGUGUAGCUGUGCUAGUCCUUUCAUGGCUCAUCACCCUGUACACAUUGUGGCAAAUGGUCGAGAUGCACGAGAUGAUCCCCGGAAGAAGGUUCGAUCGGUACCAUGAGCUCGGGCAGUACGCGUUCGGCGAGAAGCUCGGACUCUACAUCAUGGUCCCUCAGCAGCUGGUCGUCGAGGUCGGUGUCAACAUUGUGUACAUGGUCACCGGAGGGAAGUCGCUGCAGAAGUUCCACCACACCGUGUGCUCGAGCUGCAAGAAAUUAAAGACCACCUACUUCAUCAUGAUCUUUGCCUCUGUCCAAUUUGUCCUCUCCCAUCUCCCCAAUUUCAACUCCAUCUCCGGCGUCUCCCUCACUGCAGCCGUUAUGUCUCUGAGUUACUCAACCAUAGCUUGGGGAGCUUCCAUAGAGAAAGGCGUUCAGCCGGACGUGAAGUACAGUUAUAGGUCAUCGACCACGGCUGGGAAGGUCUUAGACUUCUUCAGCGCCAUGGGCAAUGUGGCUUUCGCCUAUGCCGGGCACAAUGUGGUCCUGGAGAUUCAGGCGACCAUCCCCUCCACCCCUGAGAAGCCGUCCAAGGGCCCGAUGUGGAGAGGAGUCAUUGUCGCCUACAUUGUCGUGGCUCUCUGCUACUUCCCGGUCGCUCUAAUUGGAUACAGGAUGUUUGGGAACUCGGUCGAGGAUGAUAUCCUCAUCUCCCUGAAGAAACCGAAGUGGCUCAUUGCAAUGGCAAACAUGUUUGUCGUCAUCCAUGUUAUUGGAAGUUACCAGGUCUACGCGAUGCCGGUGUUUGACAUGAUAGAGACUGUCUUAGUGAAAAAAUUGCACUUCAAGCCAACUGGAACGCUUCGUUUUGUGGCUCGCAAUGUCUAUGUGGCGUUCACAAUGUUCGUCGCCAUCACUUUCCCAUUCUUCAGUGGCCUUCUUUCCUUUUUCGGGGGAUUUGCUUUUGCCCCGACAACAUACUUUCUUCCUUGCAUAAUGUGGCUCGCAAUCUACAAGCCGAGGAAGUUUAGCUUAUCGUGGUGGUCAAACUGGGUAUGCAUCAUAUUAGGGCUUUUGUUGAUGAUCUUGUCACCCAUCGGAGGACUCCGACAAAUCAUCCUCACGGCCAAGACAUACAAAUUCUAUUCUUAGAUUCGCAUGGAAGUGAAUCCGGUUUGUCUGUGAUGCAGAAGGAUUCAAAUUUCGAGUGCUCAUCGAGAAAGAUCAUAACCCAUGGUGGGCAAGACUAAAUGUUCAAGCAGGAAUACGUCUGGCGAUUCUAGUAGGUUAUUCAUGGAGUAUUAGGUGCAUCGUUUGUUUGUGAUGAGUAAUUUGUGACCUGGGAACUAGAAAAAGAGAACACACGCUCACCCCCAACUUAUCUAUGCCUGCCUUCUUUCUUUCUUGUGUGCAUAUAUCUUGUCUUGCUGUGUAAAACUUCUAGAGCAUCAAUAAAAAAAGAUCGCAAACUUUAAUUAUUUU